AAAUAGCAAUUCUGCUGUUUUAAAAAGCUUUGCAGCCACUAAGCGGCAUUCCAGUGUCGGACGACAGGUUUGCCUCUGGAGGAUAAGAUACACAUCGAGAUACUGUAGGCAGAGGAUACUUCCAACGUUUCUUAAACAACUCUUUGUAGUAUUAAUUUAAAAAGUUAUUGUUCUUCAAAACGAUAUGUCUGAUUUUUAUUUUACAGAAGUGAUCAUGAUAAAUACUCAAGAAAGAUAACAACAGAAACACUAGUCACAUGCUGAUUACCCUUACAAAUCUUGCACGCAGCAGCCCUCUGGCGGAUUCUGCCGUUAACUGCUCCAGCCACCAGGCUCCUGGGCCUCUGUGGUGCUCCGAUGUUCCUCACCCACUGUUUAAGAUCCCCGGUGGGCGAGGGACGGGCAGGGAUCACUCCUUCGAUGCACUCCUUCACAAGGAUGACAGGCUAACCGUAACACAGACCACCCCAGUGAAUGGGAAGCCCAGCGUCCUGCACUUCCAGCACCGGCUGACUGAGCACAGAGCUUCCUUCUGGGAAGGUGUGCUUAAUGCAGACAGCCUCUUCCUGCAGGUCCCUGAGGGAGAGCUCUUAGAAGGCAGCAGGGAAAGCCUCACCAGUCUACUUCAGUUCACUGAAGAGAAUUUAAAAGUCAGCUGUGUGUUCCUUUGGUUCCCCAAAAGCAGGGAAGAUAGAUUGUGGAUUACAAAGACCUUUCACUAUAUGGGCUUUGAAAUCGUGAAGCCAGGUCACCCUCUGGUACCGGCUCAGGCUGGCCUCCUGUUCAUGGCCUACUCGCUGGAUCCUUGUGGCCCCAAUGAAGAGUGAAGACAGCAGAACCAGCUCAGGGCGUCCUCUGGUCCUCCGCUCCGUCGUCACGCGCAUGUGGGAUUCCCAUGCAUGGUGUGUGUCAUGGGUCGGUCCCUUGGUCUUUCAGUGAGUCAGCCAACCAGAGGUGCUCAGUGAGGUCAGAUUAACUGAGAGACCUCCUCAGUCCAUCCUAAAUAAGCAGCCUUUGCCAAGGAGGAAUUCACAAUUGGUUCAUUUGGUGCUAUAUGUGCUGCACGUUCUCCUAAGCCUCGCACCAACUGUCUGUGUCUGUACCCUUAUGUAGAAGUACUUUUCACAACAGAUACUGUCUACAAGAAGAACCAAAAAGGGCAAGAAAGAGGUAAAAGAAAUAUAAACGGGAACAAUAUUAUCAAGUUAAUUACCAGUACUGCUGGAGCAGCGCACCAGUUACAGCAGGCUCUUCUUGAGUGAUGUUUCAGAGCAACAGCAUCUUAUCACAUCCUUUCUGUGACACUUCAGAGACUAUCUGUAUUUCAUCCAUACAAGCUUAGUAUAACCAAAGCAAAAAAUUAACAUUAAAUUGUUGUUUAUCAAAGGUUAACUAACUGGUUUAAUCUUACUGUAGAUGUUAUAUAAACAUAAUGGAGCAGAAGAGCAUCAUUUCAGAAGCCCCAAGCCUGUCUGAGAAGGCUGCUGUCUGUCUAGAUGGCUUAAGUCGGGAACAAGACUGUGGCUGUACAGAGUGAUUACGUGCCUCUGCAAACGUGUAACAAUCACACGUCUCAGUUUUACUGUAAAAUGCCCCCAUUAUUCAAACCUUUUCUUACCGGUAACUAAGGAGUAGUACAGUGGCAGUAAAAGUAGGUGCAUUGAUGUACAAAACUGGCCUUUUGGUUCUGAUUCACACCUAGUGUGACUCCCUACUUUUACAGGUUUGUGUUUGUCGUCACCUGCCAACUUCUGAACUUUCCAAGCAAGUGAUUCUUCCACAGAGCAGCUUAAUCAAUCCCAUACAGAUCACAUGUGAUACACACAGUCAUGUAAUCAGAAGGAUUUGGCUCACAUUUGAAGAAAGCUACUGUUGGAUUUGUAAACUUACUAUGUUUUUUUAUGACUGUCAAAUGUAAAACAUUAAGAUCCACUUAGCAAUACAUGUGUUUAUUUUUAAUAGUCUGUUUCUUCCUGUCUGUACUAUAAUUACAUUGCCAAAGUAUAAUUGAAAAAAAAGUGGAGUAGCUCUAUAUUGCAUUGUUAUCAAGGGUGGAAAGACUACUGAAAUUCCUACUCAAGUAAAAGUAGUCUACUGUUACUUUAAAAAAAACAACUCUGGAUAGAGUAAAAAUACCUCUCCUAGAAACUA